GACCUGAAACCGUUACGGGUCUUUUCGAGACCAGUCUCGUUCGAACGAUCGUCCGUGUGCCUCAAGAUCGACCGCAAAAACCGACGACGAAUUUCUCCACGAAAAGUUGGAAAAUCGACCCCGAAAAUACGGUAGAAACUUCUGAUUGUUUGCUUCUUCUUCCUGUUUUUCUCUUUCUUCUUCUUGAACCGGAGAUUUUAGAAUCGAGAAUUAGUUUCUUAUCUCUCGAAUCUUCAGUGACUUCUUAAGAAUAACGCAAUACACUCCUGAUUGUUUUCGACGGAUGGUGGUAUGCCACAGCGUGUAGCGGUCUUUGUUAUCCUUAGCAAAACAUAUAUUUGAAGAAAUGGGGAUUAUUUUCAUUAGACGACAGAAAUCAUAUUUCGUUAUGAAGGUGUUGUGGUGCCACUUCAUGGUGAUCCUCAUUCUUCGACAGGCCACCGCCGGAAUCGUUAGGAAGCCGCCGGCCUUUUCAACACCAGUAUACUCGAACUCGUAUCUUCCUGCAGCCAUGCAGGUAAUUUUCCAUGCGGUCGAGCAACUGAAACUUCUCCAGUCAGAGGAAAUGCUGCUGACGAAUUCAGCAGUUCAAUCCUCAUCGACGACUCAAUCGAUGAAACAUCAGCAACUGCAAUCAACGACGCCCAAAACAACCCCCGCGAUUUCCACCAUUGCGACUACGGCGGUGCACAGCAAGACGACGGGAACUCCCAAAUUAUCAUCAACUUCGCCUUCGAUCCCGAUCGAAGCAUCGAGUCAUGGUUUGUCCGAGACCUACAAUGACCUGACAAAGGCUGUUCAACCUUCGACCACUUCCGUCUCUACCUCGUACGACCAUGAAGAGACGCCCGAAGUGAACGAAGAAACCGCCGAAACGAACUACGCCACGCCGGAAACGAAUCACGAAUCGCCAGAACCGGUGCAGGAGACGCAGGAGCCGAAUCAGGAAAUAUCGGAGGUAAACGAGGAGGAUAAGAUUUCGACGAUCGAGAAUUAUUCCGGCCAGACGUCCGAGGUCGGCAGUUCAUUGGAUGAUGGUGUGUCACAGCAACAAUCGAAGCAGGUAACCGUUUCGGAAACGCAGGCUAACCUGAAAAAAAAAGAACCAACUAUUGACAGCGUCGUGGACGAAAUUUACGUGAUUGUUAAGCCGACGAUCUCGCCGUUAAUCGAUAUUUCGAACAUCACCGACAUGUCGAAAGGUACGACAGGUAUUUCAAUUGAGAAGAUGGAAAGCAUAGAGGACGAAGAAGAAGAAACAAGAUUUACUCUACUAGGCGAGAAAGUGGCUCAAGUGCCAAGGCCAAGUUUGAAUAGUUAUUUGAGGCGUACUAAAGUGCCACCCAGUCGUGCUCUCCAACAACUGGCGAAUUUGUACGACGCUCUCAGCAAAGACGCGCGCAAACAAGGCUUCGCGCGUUUCACUGGCUACUCUGACGAGGUCCUACAAGCUCUGCAGUCAUCCGCCGAGGGUGGUGUCGGGCCGCAGCUGAAGACACUUUUGGAGAAAGUGGUCGAGCGAAGCGAACUUACCAGAGACGACGCGAAGUCGAGGACAACGGAGGCAUUACGAGAUCUGGACGAUCCUGCGAGUGCGCUCAACAAGGAUCUCAGACGUCUGUUACCUCUGCGUUACACAGCUUAAUUCUUGUAUAAAACCGGCUAUCGCGUCGAUCUUGUAAUUUUUUCCAAUAAAAACAAGAAAUUCUC